AUGGAGUUUCAACGGAAGAAGCAAACCAUCCUCUGCCUGUCCUUUGUGACCUUGUCUAGCCUUCUAGGUCAAUUGUGUGCUGAAAUUGAUGGUAGUCCCAAUAUUGUUGUGGAAGAGGUUCAUGUUGGUGUGAUUCUUGAUAUGGGGUCAAGGGAAGGAAAGAUUAUUCUCAGCUGCAUUUCAAGAGCCCUGUCUGAUUUCUACCAUCUGCAUAACAACUACAGCACAAGAGUAAUUCUGCACACCAGAGAUUCCAAAGGAAAAGCUCUACAUGCUUUAUCAGCUGCUCUAAAUCUUUUGGAUGAGAACAAAGUGGAAGCAAUUAUUGGUGCACAAACAAGAAUGGAAGCAAACCUAUUGGCAGAGUUAGGAGAAGAAGCUAAAGUCCCUGUAUUGUCACUUUCUGGACUUCGUACUAGUCCUUUCGGUGCUCCUGGCGAAUAUCCCUUCUUUGUUGAGAUCACACAAGAUGAAACUUCUCAAGUUACGGCAAUCAGUGGCCUUAUUGAAAUGUUCAAAUGGAGGGAUGUCAUCAUUCUAUAUGAGAACACAGAUUAUGGGAGAGACAUCAUUCCAUUUUUUAUCAACUCCUUUGAAGAAGCAAAUGUGACUAUUGUAUAUAAAAGUUGCAUUGCUGCCUCCUCAGCAGAUGAACAGAUCAUUGAAGAGCUCCGCAACCUCACGAAGUUGAAGACCACGGUAUUUGUGGUGCAUAUAUCACAUUUUCUUGUUCCUCGCCUUUUCUUGAAUGCCAAAAAGUUAGGCCUACUGAGUGAAGGGUAUGCUUGGAUUAUGACAUCAACUAGCAUGAAUUUCUUGCAUUUUUCCAUGGACCCAUCUGUAAUUGAGUCAACGCAAGGAGUGCUCGGUUUGAAGUCUUAUACUCCAGCAUCAACCCGCCUCCACAAUCUUACUUCAAGAUUGAGGAGGACAUUUUACAUGCAGGAUCCUAACAUAGAAGUAAGUGCGGUAACCCCAGAUGGAAUUUGGGCAUAUGAUGCAACUUGGGCUCUAGCUGAAGCAGUUGAGAGGACCUGGACUUCUACAGGAUUGAACCUAGUGAAUUUAAACAAUAUUACAUCCUCCAAACAUGGACUUCUGCUUCUUCAAGAGAUAUUGCAAACAAGGUUUAAGGGUUUAAGCGGUGAAGAAAUUCAAUAUCCAAAUGGGAAGCUAGUUUCAAGUGCAUUUGAGACUGUGAAUGUCAUAGGAAAAGGGGAAAGAAGGGUUGGAUUGUGGCCAUGUGAAGAAAAACACACAAGAGAUUCCUACCCACUUAAUAACAGAAGAAAUUUACUUUCCACCAACGAUCUCGAAACAAUAAUAUGGCCUGGAGGAUCAUCAACCAUCCCAAGAGGUUCAAAGAUGCAAGUGAGUACUAGUUCUGAAAUAAAACUAAGAGUUGGCGUUCCAGUGAAAAAAGGGUUCAACGAACUUGUGCAUAUGAACCUUGAUAUUCAAACCAACCGAACAUAUUUCACAGGCUUCUGCAUAGACGUAUUUGAGGCUGCAAUUAGAGGGUUGCCGUAUGAAGUUAAAUAUGACUUCGUUCCAUUUGCAACUGGCACUAAUGCAAGUUACAAUGAUCUUGUUCACCAAGUUAUUCUCCAGAAAUUCGAUGCUGUUGCUGGGGAUACCACGAUCACAUCGGAGAGAUCUCAGUAUGUUGAUUUUACAAUACCAUAUACUGACUUAGGUGUGGGGAUGCUAGUACCAAAUGAAAAUGAAGACAUGUGGAUUUUCUUGAAACCUCUUUCGGCAGAUCUGUGGAUCACAAGUGCGGGUUUCUUUAUCUUGACCGGUUUCGUUGUGUGGGUAAUUGAGCGUUCUGUCAACCCAGAAUUCCAAGGCACACCUUCGCAGCAAAUCGGAACCAUAUUAUGGUUUGCCUUCUCAACCCUUGUGUUUGCUCAUAGAGAGAAGUUGUUAAACAAUUUAACAAAGUUUGUAGUGAUCAUAUGGGUGUUUGCUGUGCUUAUAUUGACUUCCAGUUACACAGCAACUCUGACAUCAAUUAUGACCGUUAACCAAAUACGAUUAAACUCAAGAGGAAACUAUAUAGGUUACCAAUCACGUUCAGUCACCCAGGGAGUGGUAAAGAACUUGAAUUUCAAAGGUCUUAAACCCUGUAAUUCGGUUGAAGAAUAUGCUGACGCUUUAUCAAGAGGAAGUAAGAAUGGUGGUGUCUCUGCUAUAGUUGACGAGGUUCCAUACAUGAAGAUCUUCCUUGCACACUAUCCUACUGGCUACUCCAUGAUUAAACCCGAAUCUAGCACUAGCACCAAUGGUUUUGGCUUUGUUUUCCCUAAAGGUUCGAAAUUGGUCCAUGAUAUGUCAAUGCAAAUUCAACGAAUGAGAGAAGAGGGAAAGCUUAUAGAGAUGGAGAAGGUCUGGUUUCAUAAGAGAACAAUUCCCAUGUUUGACAACACAACGAGUGAUCCCAAUACUCUAAACGUACAUACCUUUCGUGGUUUAUUUCUCGUUACUGGGGUUUCUUCAGCUUUUGCUCUUUUCAUAUUCAUAAUAUUUCCUCUCAAAGAAAAAUGGUAUGCCGUGAAAAAAUUCAGAUUUAGAUAUCGGGUUCGAGAAAAGCUGCAGCGUGUAAGGAAGUUCUUCUCUCACAAAGUUUCCAAUGAAAACCAAGAAAAGCAGUAUACAGAUAGUGCAUGA